GGUAUCGCCCACAGUUCGACGUGUAAAAAGUCCGUUCAGAAACUAGAAGGACGAGUCCUCUCACGUUCACGUCUUCGGGCGGCAGGUAGAGAAGUAUGGCGGUCAAGAACAGAAAAGUCCGUUCAGGGGCGACAGCCAAGUCAACCUCGGAGACAGACGGUACUUUCCCUCAGGGAUUCAAGGGCUUUGGAAGCGGAGUAGUCCGGGUAGUAGUCAUCAGUGUAGUCGCUAUCGUCUUCAGUGCUCUCCAUGGAUACCACAUUUCCAGCAUGUUUGAGAGUGACCGCCAUUUCUCCCACCUGUCCACCUUGGAGAGAGAACUUACCUUUAGGACUGAAAUGGGGCUGUACUACUCUUACUUCAAAACCAUUGCAGAGUCCAGAACGUUCUUGGAAGGCCUCCAUGCCGUGAUGUACGACAACAUGACAGAAUAUCCAACAACCAUCAACGUGCUGAAGCGGUUUAACCUGUACCCGGAGGUGGUGCUGGCGGCCUGCUACAGGGCGUAUGAAGCCGUCAUGGGGAUGUUCGACAUCCCCACCAAGCUGUGUUGGACGGUCAACAGAGGCGAGGGGAUGUCCCCUGUACAGAGCUGCGAGGGGAUGGGAGAGCCAGCUUACUUCUAUGUUAAUUCAGUGUUUGUACAGAAUGGUCUGAUGAUGGGCCUGUUCUUCAUCUUUGGUACCUAUCUCAGUGGCAGCAUGGUUGGUGGUGUUCUAACUGUAGCGUCCUUUUUCUUUAACCACGGGGAGUGCACCCGUGUGCAGUGGACCCCUCCGCUCCGAGAGAGCUUCGCUUUCCCCAUGCUGGCCUUGCAGAUGUUCCUUGUCACACGCAUGCUGAGAAGUCGCAGCGUUGGCUGGAAGCACGUCGUGCUCCUGGCUGCCUGUAACAUCACCUUCAUCCUGCCCUGGCAGUUUGCACAGUUUGCCCUGCUGACACAGAUGACUGCAGUGUUCCUGGUGUAUGUGAUGGGCUUCAUCCCCGCAGACAGGGUCAAGACCAUCGUUACAGGACACAUCCUGGGGCUCAUGGUCAGCUAUGUCCUGCUCUUUGGCAAUGAAAUGCUGCUGACAUCCUUCUAUGCUUCUUGCCUUCUCACUGUCAUGGCUAUUGUUUCCUUCGAGCCACUUCUGCAGAGGCAGACUUUCAGUAUUGCUGUCAUGGCGCUUCAGGGGAUCUUCUUCAUCGCCGGGUGCAUCGGACUGAAGAUUGUGAUAUCUAAAGUGCUGAAUGUCACAGAUGAUGCUCACAUCGCCAACAUCCUGCGCUCCAAGUUCUCUGACUACCGCGACUUCCACACCAUGCUGUACACAUGUGCGGCUGAGUUUGACUUCAUGCCAUUAAAGUCACCCAUUGAACUCUCGCAGACCCUCGUGCUGCCGGCAGGACUAGUGGUGAUUGUCAUGAUCAUCUACAAGUGCAUCUUCCCACAAGUCAAGAAAUGGUUCUCCCCG